AUGGCUCCACGCGUGGAAGAACUCAAAAUUAAAAUCACCAAUUCAAAAAGAAAGAUAACAAACUUCGCUAAGUUUAUCGAUGGAUAUACCGCUGAACGCGAUUUUCCUGCUUUACAAAAAAGAACAAAUGACCUCGAAAGGGAGUUUGAAGAAUUUGACAAAUUUUUCAAUGAAUUAGAACGUAUCGCGAAUCCACCUAUCGACUCGUCGUCUUCGCAAAGCAUCAGGCGCGAAACGCUUUCAAAUUCCGUCCGAAAUCCGAAAAAGAGUUUACCGUGUGUCAAUCUACCGACUUUCAGUGGAUCAUAUGAGGCCUGGUUGGGUUUUCAUGAUCUGUUCAAAUCUCUCGUCGAUAACGAUGAUGAAAUACCAGACAUUGAAAAACUAUAUCACCUCAAAGGUUCACUGAAAGGCGAAGCCGCAGAAAUUAUCGCCUCCAUAGAACUCUCAUCGGAAAAUUACAAAGUCGCUUUGGAUCUGCUUAAAGAGCGUUAUGAUAAUAGAAAAAUUAUUCGUCAAACACACGUGAAAGCCUUAUUAAAUUUAACACACCUCUCGAAAGGCUUUCCGGUUCGUUCGUUACUCGAUCAAAUACAAAAACAUGUUAGGGCACUUGAAGCUUUGAAAGAACCCGUCGAAAGAUGGGAUACACUCUUAGUCAAAAUUAUAGAACAAAAAUUAAAUACGUUUAUCCGCGAGAAGUCGGAAGAUUCGAGCUGCGAAUCCGAAAACCCCACAUAUAAAGAAUUGAUAACCUUCCUUCAACGUCGCGCGCAGUUUGAAGAAACAAAAUCGGAUCAAAUUCAAGGUAGGUCCCAAAAUUUAUCAGAUAGAAAACCAUUUAACUCCCGACCCAAUCAGCGCUCUCAGCAAGCAUUUGCAGUCUCAACUACAAAUUCUUCUUGUCCACAUUGUCAGGGAGAGCAUGUCAUAUGCAAUUGUGAACCAUUUAAAAAACUUACUCCACACGAUCGCUUUAAAGCCAUAAAAAAGGCCGCUCUUUGCAUUAAUUGCUUUUGCUCUAAUCAUCGUGUUUAUCUCUGUACUGCCAGUCCUUGUCGCAAGUGUGGCAGAAAGCACCACACACUCUUACAUUUUGAAAAAGGAAAAACUGGAGAGUCUAGUGAGUCACAACCAGCCGUUCAAAGUCAAUCUGUCCUUAAUCUCCAUGCUGUUCCGAAGGGUUGCUAG